ACAUCUCCCCUUGUCAACGCGUCAACGCCACCUCUCUUUGCUUUGGUCGGUGUUGCUUUGAAUCGGUGGUAUCGGUAUUGGUAGUUCGAAGGCCUAGUGCCUAGUUGUAGGUGUUGAUUUUGUUGACUCUGACUGGAGGUGACAAUGGAAAUGGUCUGCGUGUAUGCGAAAACGGACGUCUGUGCAUACAUUUUGCACUGAAGUGGCGGUGUGCAGUUGGACACUGCGUCGUUUCUACCGAAUUAUGAUCGAAAGCAUUUGUUAUUACAGCGCUGGUUAGUGACAGUUUUGCCGUGUACCAGGUGUCCAUGUUGAGCACAAUGACUCAGGAUCCGUACAGAAGUGGUGGCCAAGUGGACGGCAUUGUAGAUGCUCUUGUAGAAGGUCUCGCUGACAAGCAGGACAGUGUAUGUUGGUCGAUUGUACGGUCACUGCACCUAAUCGGAAACCACUACCCGAAUUUGGUUGUGGCAAGUUGUCAUCAUCGUCUUGCGAGUGAUGGCAAGCUUCAGAGCUCACACAAGGUCUUACUCUUCUCCGUCAUAGAAGAAACGUGCAGAGAAUCAGUAAGCCGUAUUGACAGUCCUCUGCUCAGUGAAGUCUGCAAAAUAACUAUUGAUGAAAUGAUUCAUUCCAAAGUGUCCUAUGAGGGGGAAAAUAGCAUGGUACGACUAGUGGCUUCUCUUGGGCGGAGCCAUCCCAAUGAAGUGAUGGAGCAACUUCUGGCGCAGUUCCAACCUGGAGUGGUGCCCCAUCCCCUUAUUCUGCAAGCCUUAGCUGAUCUUUCCCUCGCAAACCCAUUUGCCAUAGUGCCCUUCCUGAAAGCUCUUCUGGGCAUGAUGCUACCCAUCCUGAGCUCAGCGCGCCACGAGCAAGCACGUUGGGCUAUAGCGUAUGCGCUCGGGAGGUUUUCACAGGCAAUUAUUGACUACCUGAUGAACAUAGAAAAGGCACCUGAUCCAUCAAUGAAGAAGUCCAUCUUUGAGAGUGAGGUUGCAAUUGCCUUGGAUUUUCUGCUGGCAAAUUGGCUACAGGCCAGGGAGACAAAAGUACGGGCAGAAACCGUUGUAAGUCUUGGUUACAUGUCCCAACUCCUCAGCAUGGAAAAACUUGAAGAACAACUUCCCAAAUUAAUAAUGCCCAUGGUGAACCUCUACAAGCGGCAUCAGGAUUGUUACCCUGUCACAAAGGGGCUGUGCCUUAUGAUAGAAUCAGCAGUGGAGCACAAAUGCAUGUCAUUGGAGAACUGUCUGGAAAACAUCAUUACUGCUGUCUUUAUGCAGGUAUGCAGUCCUCCUGACUAUUCUGAGCCUAUGGUCGUUCGAAACCACAAUGAAUCCCUGCGUUGCUUCACUCUCUUAGUUCCAAUGUUUCCUGACAAAGUGGUUACCUUUCUGAUGAUGCGUGUUGCCAGCAGCAGUGAAAAAAUUAGGGUUGGUGCACUGACUGCUUUGAAACACAUAAUAAAUUCUGCAGAUGCUAAUCUUGCAGACAAGAUGCGAAGCAUAACACUUGGCCUUCGUGUUGUGUUGCAUGACCACAGCAACAAGGUGAAGAAAGUACUAGCACAGGUCAUAGUGGCUCUUGCUCAUCAUGGUUAUUUGGAAACAGAUGGAGGACAUAACAUGAUAGAGUUCCUUAUCCGUCAGUGUGCUCUUUUGGAUGAUGAGACGACACGUCCUGCAGACUACGAUUAUGUCAGUAACGAAGCAUUACGGACAAUGUGUGAGAACGUUCUGCAGUUGUUGACCACUACUGUUGACAAUAUUGAAAAAGUCUUAUGGCCAUCCUUGUUUGAAUACUUGUUGGCCGAAGAUUUGACUGUUGCUGUGGGAACCAUUUGCAAGUGCCUUGCGAAUUUUGCAUCGAGAAAACAGAAAGACCAUUCUGUUGUUCUUGAAGUUGACUAUCAAAAAUACCCUGGUGUUCCGAAACCACAAGCUCUAUUGGCACGUCUGUUUGUGAUGCUGGGCGACCCUUUAGCUCACCAUUGUCGUGGCGUACACAUCCUGAGACUGCUUCGUGCCAUCCCUUCAGUUAUCCACAAGGACAUCACAGCCCUGUGGGACACAGUUCUGCCUCAAAUGAUUCUCACCCUUGAUGGGUGUCUAGAGCAGCCAGAGUCCUUGGAUAGGGAUCGGUGGUGUGAAGACCUUGUGCAACUUUGUCAGCGCUGCUUUCUUGAAGUGGACAAAGAAGACUGGACUCUUUCUGUUGGCGCUUCUCUACAGUCUCAGCUACCACUAUAUAAUGGCUAUCCAGGAGACAAGUGUAUGCUGUUGCGGUUGCUGGGUGUUGUCAUGAAAAAGGUGACUAGCAAAACAUUCAUCAACCAGACGCUUGACAAGAUCUUUGAACAUGUCAACCACGCCAAUCUUGAGGAACGUAAGGGAUGUGCUCUUGCUGUGGGGUACUGUGGUGCAUCUCACUUAGAUGCAGUGUUGGUCAAGCUAGAACAGGUUGCAAAGGCUGACAGAAGGGGCUCUGGCUUGCUGAGCUUUAUAAAGGACCUAACUGGCAGUGAUUACCAUGAAAAGCUUUUGGCAACUGUGAUCCUCUGCUAUGGACAUGUUUCUGUUCAAGCACCAGCCUCCAUCUUAGUGACACGAAUUGAAACACCAAUCCUUAGAAGUUCUGCAAAGUUCUACCAGUCUUCAAAGGAACUGUGUGUACGACAAGCCAUGCUACAGACAGUACGAAUGGUUGCAGAUGCUGUUCACUCAUUACGCCUUCAAGAGCCCUUCACAUUUCAGUCCCGUGGAGAGUUGUUACAACAAAUGGAGGGUAUUCUAAAGGGGGAGCACCCCUCUGUUAUAUUGACCAGAACACGAGCACUUGUUCUGCAGGCUUUAGCUAGCUUAGUUAAACUGGAUCCUGCUCUUCCGGAAACAUCACGAGCCUCCUUAGUUGAAGUUGCUGCAGCGUAUGUCUACCCACUCUCUCCAAAGGCUCCUUCCCAGGCUUAUAUAGAAUCUUACACCGAAGAAACUAUAGAAGACCAUGCUCAGUUGGUUUUGCUCAGCAUUGCUGCUCUAGACCAGUUUCUAGUGGAGCUGUUAUCCAAGGAGCGUACGCCUGAAAAUUUCAGGGUCAUACUAAAGGUGCUUCAUCCGUGGCUCACCUCAAAAAAGGAAUAUGAGAGAGAGCGGUGCCUUAAUUCUAUUUGGCAGCUCAUGUCAUUCUACAGUGAUAACCUUCAAGCUGGAGUAUUUCAGGUUUUCAGCUGUUUUGGCUACAUCUUAGGCUUACUGACUCCACGCUGCGCCGAUCCCAGCAUAUCAAUACGGAACACUGCUUUAAAGUGCAUCCAGUUUGCUUUGGAAAUAAACAACAAAAGUCAGAGCUUGUCUUCCAGCAAUGAUGCAGAUAUUCAGUACAUAGAAGGCCUUCAACUUCUUACUCAGGACCCUGAUUCAACUACUCUCGUUUCUGUAACGCAAGAGCUGGCCCAAGUGAUAGUGCAAAAAGUCCCACCCAUUCAGCUACUCUCACUAAUUGACAACCUGCUGGAUGGUUUGAUGGAUCCCCACCCACAAAGCUCUGUAGGGGCAAGUGCGGUUCUGGCAGGGGUUAUACAAUUGAGGGGCGGAGAACUGCGGGCUGAGGUUUCCCACUUGGUUGAGAGCCUUCGAAAGCAGCUGACCAACAUUCAGUGUGUUGAAACCAGAUCAGGAACAUUACAGAUUAUCAGCAACCUGGCAAGGCAUCAUCUCACCCUUGUAGUGAAUGCAUUAUUGGCAUCACCAUUGCCCUUUGAUGAGCAGGUACGAGCUUGCUACAAAGCAUUGGUUAAAGACGUUGACUCAGGACGAAGUAUUCUGAGUUACCUACUGGACAUUAUAAAUGAUGGCAAAGCCUAUGAAAUGCACCCUGACCCAAAAAACUACAAGUCCACCAUAAAAAUAGCAACCACAGAUGUCUUGGGAGCUAUUUGCUGCUUGGAGGAGGUACUUCAUGCUCCUGAAAUGGAAACAUGUUCAAAGGAGGAAUUUGGUCCAAUAUUUUCUGCACUUCUGCUGACUACAGCAGCAUACCUCGGAGUUCAUCCUCCAUCUGCAUCUCGUAGCGAUGUUAAGGGUGCUAUUGGUGACCACAGCAUGAAACUUGUCCCACUGCAAUGUACCAUCCGUGCUUUUGAAUCGUUCUUGUUAUGUGCCAAGCAAGAGCAGCUCUUCAUCACAAUGUGUGAACAACAACACUGGGCCAACUUUGAAGAUGAGAAAAGCUUCCCUGUAUCGGUUGCAAUGCUCGGCAGGUUGUUAUCCGUACACUGCCCAAAAUAUAUCAAAAGUAUCAUUGGUUGCCUACGUGGUGCACUGGGGUCAACCUGCGAGCACCAGCGUGCUGCAGUGGUUGCUAUUUUUGCGGAGUUCCUGACUCAGACCUAUCCAGAUAGUCAUCCUUUGGUAGAACCUCUCAUGGGUGACAUCCUGGGCAAACUAUCAGACCCCUGCCCUGCAGUUCGGCGGCUCUGCAUCAAGGGCCUUGCUAACAUUGAUCGCAUGGACAUAGAUGUGAUCCACCGGUAUUCGAGUACUGUCCUGUCUGCCAUGAUCACAGGCCUUGAUGACAAAGAUGAUGCACAGCAAGACAUCACAUUGGAAGCUGUUAAUGGCUUGGCAACUGUCUUAAUGCAGGCUGAGGUGCACAACAUUGGCAACAUAAUCAUAACAGUCUCUCUCAGACUUCGACCAAUGUUUGAAAAGGAAAGAGGGGAGGUUCGAGCAGCAGCGUUUAAGCUUUUUGGCGACUUGGCCAAGUUUGGUGAAGGUGACGUCAAAGAAGCUUUUGUGGAACAAGCUUUAAACAGCCUCGUUACCGUCCUUGUACAUCUGAACGAGGAUGACAAGAAUGUUGUUCGUGCCUGUAAGCAGAGCCUAAAGAAAUUGGGACCCUUGCUUGGAUCAGAUGGUGCCAACAACAUGUUCCAGAAGCACCUGCCAGAAGAUUCAAUUCUUCAUUAUGGGGAAUUUAUUAAUGACCUUUCAAAAGUCCUUGUGGUUGACCUUGAAGAGUAUGUGUCAAAUUUCGUGACUUCCGGCUUAAGCCAUCUUCGAGGUCCGCAUCCUAGCAUACAGUGCAAUGCAGCUGUGUUGUUAGGUUGCUUGCUUGGCAACCUCAAACCUUCAUGCUGUGAUAAAGCAGCUUCUGAGAGCGUCUGUUCAGCAUUGCUGGUACUACUCAAGUCUGAUACUCCAGAACUUCGCAGCAAAGCAGCAGAAGCACUUGGUGCGUUACAUGCAUAUUGAAUGUUACGCUGAUUUUUGCAUCACAUUAUGUCCAUUGAUUGUGAUGCUCUUGUGCAAAUAUUGGUUGCUGUUAUUGGAUUCUGAAGUGCAGUCAAUCCAUGCAAGUACGGUAAAAUGUAAAUCAUUACACAGUGUUGAAAGAUGUGAUAGAAAUUUUAGUAUAAACUGCAGUUCAGGCUGUAUACACGUUUGAAAAUUCAACGACAUGGUAGAAUGCGCACAAAAAACACGGACUAGAAGAUAACACCAGCGCACCAUGUCGUAUGCUUACCAACUAGCCCAACGUUGUUUGUUAUUGAAAAUUCAGUUGUACCCAUCAGCUUUGCAUUCUGCUUGCACUUUAUAUUUAGAUGGGUGACUGUUUUCCACAGAAGUGUAAAACGACUUGUAUGUCAAAACAUCACAAAAUGCCCAGACUGCAAUUAUGGCAACUCUAUUAGUUUCUUUUCAUUACAAUAUGUACAACUGGUACUGUGGAAUAAUUCAGUGCUGGCAAUAUAUUCCAAAGAGUACAUGAUGAAGUUAACAUGUCACUGUGCCAAUUUUAGAAUUAAACUGCACCUACAAUGCUUUGCUGUAAUGAUGUAUGCAUAUCAGAAAAUCGGGAAACAGAAGUGUACCACUUUACAGAACAUUAUAUUGUUUCGUGCUUUACGGGAAAUUAUUCACGAUCAUGAUAUGCACAUGUAGCCACACAAAUUGUUUGAACAUUUUAUGUCGUUAAGCCUUGGCAACCUGCAUGGGACUUUGCUGCUUAUGGCUUAUACAUAUUGACACUACAUUCCUGCACAGGUCCCCCUCACCUAUGAUUUCGGCAGGUGUAUGCUUAUACCCUUGUGUUUUCUUGUUUUUUGAAAAUCGGGGGUUGGGGGGGCAAAAAUUUAGUUUUGUUUCAGGAUCUGUAAAACGAUAAAAUCAGGCAAUGUCGGGAGGGAAAGGAGAUUUGCAGGUGCAAAAUUAAAAAAUCUCUUCUGGCAUUCCAAAUGAAUACGAACGUGAUGAGCAGCUGUGCUGAAUGUGCUCCUGUGGCUGAAUUUUCAUUUUCGGGUUUUACUUUAAGCGACGCUGCAAAUUUGGUGGUGGCGGUGGUGGGGGUAAAACUAUUUACCUGAAACACAAGGCUCUAUGUAUGCUGCAGUAACUAUAAGCUUUUAUCUGUCUUGCUUGCCUGUUUUUUGUUUCUGUAUGUGUGUGGUGCUUUAUGAGUUACAAGGCACAGAAAUCUGCCUAGUGUGGGCACAUAAUGACAAUAAUUAAAUAGGUGUGUAAGCAGCAUGGACACCUAUAGAAGUAUCCAAGUGGAAGUGUCCUCUAGUCGAUUACUGCGUGCUUAAAUAAAGUAAGACACUUUUAGGCUUUCAAAUGGUUGCUGUGAUGUUUAUGGAGAUUAAUUGAAUUGCAGUGACAAAGUAUUAAAAAUAAGUAAUUAGA